UUUCAAAGUACUGAAAAAUGAGUCUUUUGAAUUUUUAUAGACUUUGGAGUAUUUUGAUUAAUGGUUGUUCUUCUUCUAAUCACACUUUCUCUACAGAAAAUGGUGGUGAUGAUAAAUGUUUGCGACGAGAGGUCUAAGGAGAAAGUCAUCCAAACAGUAGCUAGCUGUUCAGGAAUUACAACUAUUACCAUGGAUUCAAAAGAAGGGAAGUUAACGGUGAUUGGUGAGUUUGACGAAAUGCAGAUUCUCAAAAAACUCAAAAAGAGAUGGGAGAGUGCGAAAAUGGCUACAUUUGGCCCGUUCGAUCCGAAGAAGGAAGCGGAAACCGCUGCAGCUGCGGAAAAGAAGAAGAAAGAAGAAAAUGAACGUGAACGUGAACGUGAACGUGAAGAAGCUCUUUACCGGUCUCAGUCUCACCAUGACACUCCGGUUUGUCCAAUGCAUCAUCACACUACUAUUGUGUGCGAUCAUGAUCACGGCUGUAUAAUCUCUUAAGAUUUGCAGUAUGUUAAGUCUCUGAUUAGUCAGAAGUUGAUUUUAUAUUGACGGGUAAGGAUUAUUCUCUGAUCAUUGAUGUAUUUAUUUCAGUAUGAUAUUAUUAUUCUCUGAUUUUGAUUUAAGA